AUGUCAAACAUGCUUCAACCAGCAGUAUACCACCCUUCCGCUUCUGGAACGCUGGACGAUUCCCAAUAUACAUUGUCUUUGCUGGAACAAAGACAGGCCCUUGAGUCCUUCGACGACGACUCCACCAUUCCCCAUUACUAUUUCACAACAAGAUACUCGACAGAUUCGACAUCCCAGUCUGGCCCCGACUCUCCUGGAAGCAUCGGGGAAGACUUCCCCACACCCAGAGCACACGUAUUCAACAUGACAAACACUACACCACAGCCCUCGCCUCGCUACCCAGUCCACUCAGCUACCUACCCUCCACCGAACCGGAUGAGCCGUGCCGAUAGCGACUUCGACUCGAUGUACGAUGUCACCGAUGAUGAAACCGAAGUUCCUCUUCGCGCGUCAGCAUCGGUCAAGAAGAUCGCGACCUCUAGCCGAAGACGUUUCCCUUCAAUCGACAUUCCUUCCCCGUCGUUCUGGCCAUCAAUCGAAAAGCUGAAGAGCGCCACCUCGGCGGUGCCGCAAACGCCUUCCCAGCUACUGACCCCGUCUCGUUGCGUGUUGGAGAUGAUCGGCAAGCACAACAUGUACUUGCCAGGACAAUCCGCCGCGCCUUCUCUGGACGGGAGCUUGACUUCGGAAGAGAUGGACAGACUGAGCUGCCCAGCAACUCCUGAUAUGCAUCAGAGGCGCAACUCGUUUUCGAGCGUGGACUCGUGGGCACCUGUGCAGCUUGAUCUGCAGGCUUUGGAAACGCUCCAGCAUCUGGGUCAAUCGUCAUCAAGCGAGCAAGACGACCGACAAAACACCCGCACGAUCGAAGUGACAGGAGAAAUGCAGCAAGUGUCGCGCCCAAACCUAGGCCUGAGCAUUCCCUCGACGAUGUAUGGACACGGAUCCUCGGGCAGCACGCCCCUGUCUAACCUGUCUGUGCCUUCUCCAGGAGGCUUCUUCUCUUCACUCCAGACGACUGCACGCCACACAUGGAGCAUGCCAAAGCGUGAAGAGCCCGUCCCCAACACUUCGACUGCCGAGAGGUUCUACCAACUACCCUGGGAGAGCCGACGCAACACCAUCGCUGCGCCCGCACCACGCCUUACACUUCUGCCAGUUCAUGCACCGACCCUGGGAGGCUCAACUCUGGACGGAUUCGAGGAGUCUUUGCCCACAUCUCGGCCCGUCAUCCUCAGCCCUACGGAUGAGACUAUCGAAGUCAAGGAGAUCAACCCGAGCAAGACCAUCUUCCAGUACAGCGAGAACUACAACGCAGAGAUCCAGAAGUUGUCCACUGUCAACCUCGAGCGCACUGGCAACUGGUUGACCGAACAGGAUGACCUGCAAUGUGCUCUCCGUGAGAUGAACGACAUGAGCUCCCCGAGCCUUUCCAGCGGAACCCACAGCCGCGGCAGCUCGGUCGACAAGCCUGUGGUCAAGAAAUCGGUCACUUUUGCGGAGGAGCCUGCAAAGGCCACCCAGACAGACGAGGAGCCGAAGCAGAUCACAACGUACGUCCAGGGCCUCGAGUACCUGCGUUCUCAGUGCCAGACAAAAGACACGUUCAUCCACCGCCAGACGCGCGCCGAAGCAAUGCACGUUCAGCGACGCUGCAACGCCGUGGCUCACCGCGACCAACUCCUCGGCAAGUUCGAACUGAAUGAACCAGACCGCCCAGCGCCACCGCGCCCUGUGUCCGAUUUCUACAUGAACGACCCGACAGUGCUGAAGGAGAGGAUUGCACGCGCGCAGAGGGAGCGCCAGGCUCUUGACCAGAUGCUCCCGGUUCACUGGGUGCUUCAGGCGCAAAAGCAGCUCAAUGGUGGAAAGCUGCUCAGUAAGCCCGCUGUGCGGUGCAUUACUCGAGCCAGCGCCCCACGCGUUCUGGAUGUGGGAGGCGUACUGACCAACGACUGGGCUUGGAACGUCGCAUACGACUACCCCUACGCUAGCGUUACGACUGUCUACACGGCUGGCAACAACCCAUCCCCCAACGUCACGGGUCCUGACAACCACAAGCCCAUGAUCGUUCCUAACCUGUGGACCUUGCCUUUCCCCAACGCUCACUUCGACGUCAUCUCCGCGCGCACACUCUACGAGCUGCUGAAGACCAUCAAGCCCCUCGACCGCUCAGUGGACGAGUACGACCUCUGCCUCAAAGAAUGCUACCGUUGCUUGAAGCCCGGCGGCAUCUUCGAGUACUCCUUGAUGGACGCAGAUGUCAUUCACGCCGGCCGCAACGCGCAAGCCAUGGGUGUCGAGUUUGGCUUCAACCUCAAGACCCGUGGCUACGACGCCCAGCCCACCAAGAGCUUCCUUCCCCGCGUCCAAAAGGCAGGCUUCAAAGACGUGCAGCGCAUGUGGAUGAUGCUUCCUAUGGGCAAGACGGCAGCCAACUGGCGCGAUGAGCUCAAUGUCGGCGCCGGAGCCAAGCAACAAGAACGGUCGGUCACGGAAGCUGGUGAUAUCAACGUGGAGGACGCACCAGUUGUCGGUACGACUUUGGAUGCGGCGAUGUUGACGGGGAUUGUUGGCAGCUGGGCCUGGGAGAGGUGGCUGUUGAGGUUGCAGUUGGAGAUGGGCAAGGAGGAGGAGAAGCUGCUGGAAGGUGUUGUGCAGGUUCUUGAGGAGGGUGCCCGUGAAGGUGCAUGUGGCGGUGCGGUGGUGAGGCUGAACGCUCGGUGGAUCUGCGGCAAGCGCGAACCCCACACGCCAAGCCCGCCUCAACUCCUCCGUCAUUUACUUGCACCGGGACGCAUCGCAGCUCCAAAACAACGCCGCGAACUCCCCACACCGCACUGCCACCAUGCUAUUCUUCAGGUCCGUCUUCCGCCCUCUUCUACUGGCUUCUCUCUCACACGACUGCACAGCUUCUUCAAAACGCUCGUUGAGCACGAAAUCACCGUCGAACUCAAGAACGAAGUGCAGAUCCGCGGGACGUUGAAGAGCGUGGACCAGUACCUGAAUAUCAAGCUGGACAAUGCCGAGGCGGUGGAUGAGAUGCGAUGGCCGCAUUUGUGCUCGACAAAGGACAUGUUCAUCCGAGGCUCCGUCGUUCGAUACGUUCACCUGCCCUCUGGCGCCGUAGAUACUGCACUGCUCGAGGAUGCGACGCGGAGAGAGGCCGAGGCCGCCAAGAACAAGGCGAAGUGAGGGGGCUAUCUAAGUGACGGGUCAGCGAGUUAUGUGGUGAAGCUGUGUGGUAGAAGAGGAGUGCAUGGAGUGUGCAAAAAAAGGGCAUAGGAAGGGCAGGAGACAGUGUCGCGAGGUGGCACUGUGCAGAAGGUUGCGUGCAGUUGGACAGGCUGCAUGCAUGCAUGAAGAGAGACUAUCUGGGCUUGGUUGGACAGCAUAUGAGAUACCCAAGGGAGUGAGACAUGUUCCCUUUUCGUCGCUGCCAGAUUCGGUGUUUUUGCUGUGAGCACACCUCGCGCCUUCCCUCACUUUCAUCGCU